UCCACCUCUUCGACAACGUGUGUUGCGUGUGGUCUCUCGUACAUGCAAAUGCGGUUCUCGACAAUUUUAAGAAAUCUCAAUCGGAUAUUCCAAUUAAAUUGUAACCUGUUACCUACAUUAAAAGAGAAUUCGAGAAAUUACUCCAUUCACUAAAACGAAGAGAAGAAAUAUCGAUUUCGUGUGAAAUCUCAAAGUGUUACUUUAUCUACUUUCUUAUAUCAACGUGAGGAAACACAUUUGAGGAAUGUCUUGCCCAGUGAGCGGUAUUGAAGAGGAUAAUCGAAACGAUCAGGCACAGCGAGACGAGUUCAGGCAAGGACCGGCGUUGAACUAUAGCGAAUAUCUGUGUUUAGACAAGGUCUUAUCUGCGCAAAGGCUUCUUAGCGCCGAACACGGCAAUGCAGUUCACGACGAGCAUCUUUUUAUUGUCACUCAUCAAGCGUACGAGCUUUGGUUCAAGCAAAUUAUUUUCGAGCUCGACUCCGUUAGGGCACUCUUCAGCUCCGAAUCCAACAAUUGCAAUGCAUCCAACGGGUCUUCUAACGAUCAUUCGGCCGCCACCCGGGGCAAUGGAAUUUCUCACGUUUUGAACGAGUCGAAAACCCUGGAUAUUCUCAAACGAUUGAAUCGCAUUGUGCUUAUUCUGAAGUUAUUGGUGGACCAAGUGACGAUUCUGGAAACAAUGAUACCAUUGGAUUUCAUGGCGUUUAGAGACCUAUUGUGUCCGGCCUCGGGUUUCCAAUCGCUGCAAUUCCGUCUACUGGAGAACAAACUGGGCGUGAAACGAGAACUCAGGAUCAAAUCUAAUUACCUAAAGAUCUUCGGGAGAGAUCCUAAAGCUAUCGAGGCGAUCAAGCGAUCUGAGGAGGAGCCCAGUCUCAGUACUCUGGUUCAGAGCUGGUUGAGCAGAACACCAGGGCUAGAGACACACGACUUCGAUUUCUGGGGAAAGUACAAGCGAUCGGUGGAGAAGAUGUUGGCCGAGCAAAAACAAGCUGUAAAUACAAUAUCAGAAGAAUGCGUCAAAAAUUAUCAUUUGACCAAUGUACACUCGCGGAAAGCACUUUUCGACAGCAUCUUCAAAGAGUCGCUUCAUAAUGGUCUCGUGUCACGGGGGGAACGCAGAUUUUCACACACUGCUCUUCAGGGAGCAAUAAUGAUCACCCUGUAUCGAGAUGAAGCACGAUUCAGCCAGCCGCAUCAAAUCCUCACGGCGUUAAUGGACAUCGACUCUCUAAUCACAAAAUGGAGGUAUAACCAUGUUAUCAUGGUACAAAGAAUGAUCGGAUCUCAACAAUUAGGCACUGGUGGCUCCUCCGGCUAUCAAUAUUUGAAGUCCACAUUAAGCGAUAGAUACAAAGUUUUUCUGGACUUGUUCAACCUAUCGACCUUCCUGAUACCACGUCAUAUGAUCCCGCCGUUGACGAAGCAAAUGAAAAAGAAGUUAUCAAUCGCCUUGUACGACUGCAACUCGGACGAUCAAGAUGAAUUGGCGGACUCUCUAGAAAGCUCGUAAAUUAGCGCAUCACACAGCAAAGUUCAUAAAACUCUAAUAAGUUUUACUUCUUUAAUAUAGUCAGUGUGUAUUAUACAUUCACUCUGAUAUAAUUAGAUAUUAAUUAGAUAUUACAGUUAGACGAGUGCUCUUUUUAAGAUUUUUUUAGCGUUGGAACUAGAUAUUUCUAAAAACAGCACGCAUAAUUCUCAUUAAUUUACGAUAGCGUUAAGAUUAGAAACUAAAAUUUCAAAUGUUUGAAAAUUAUUUUAUUUAUUAAUUAUUAAAAUUAAUAAAAUUACUAAUUACUAAUUAGUAAAUAUAGAUUAGACAAAAUAAUCCAAAGAAAAGUUAAGGUCUCGUUUGUUUAUAGUGUCGAUCAUAAUAUAAAAAGCUCACAUAGCUGUGUAUAACUUUUAACAAUUGCAGAUAUCACUGUUUCACUUUCUGAAAGAUCUUUUUUUCUUGGAUCGUCUUUUAUUAAGGUGAUCGUAUUUUGGUAGACUUUUGACAUAACAUAUGGUAUGGAAAACAUAUAAUAUUAACACUGUACUUAAUAAAAUGUUUCAUUAGGUAAAACACAAUUUUUUCUAACAUAA